AUGGAAGAUCCAACUUCUUUAAAGGAGUGGCAUUUUAAUAAAGAAGGAGAGACAGACAUCGCUUCCUCCUCCAAGUUUCAGCAAGGUCCGUCUGCUGAAAUUUUUCUAAGGUUGUAUGAGAUAUAUAAUAGCAAACGUUGCUCCCUGCUCCAACUUUAUGUUCCUGAUGAUUCUGGAUGCCACUGGAACUUCGAUAUCUCCCGCAGACGUUUAUACGAUGCUGAGAUUGCUGAAUUUACUGCUUUGACUCCAAUUCUUAACAGUAUAGUCUUUUCUCCCAAUGAAGAUGACGAGCUUGUUUGGGUUGGUGAAUCUUCAGGAGCUUUCUCGGUUAAGUCUGCCUAUCAGCUAGAUACCUUAACUACCAGCAAUCCUUCUUUUCCUAGAAAGAAAAUUUGGUCCAAUGCUUGGCCUCAUAAAAUUGGAUUUUUCCUUUGGCAACUUGUUCUUGAUAGUCUUCCUACCAUUCACAAUCUGCAGCGUAGAAAUUGCGCUUUGUCUGUUUUUGGAGGCUCGUCAGCAACAAAUUUAUGUUCUUUGUGCAAUAAUGUGUUGGAAUUUGGUACUCACCUCUUCUGGAAUUGUCGGUUCACUCAUCAAGUUUGGGCUUACUUUUUCGCUCAAGAAAAUGUGCAGUUUCCUACUUUCUCAUCCCUGUUAAAUUUGUUUAAGAACUGGUCAUCUGUGGCCACUCAAAAUGAUGGGAAGGAGAUAUGGAAGAGGAUCUCCGCUAGCGUUUGUUGGAACGUUUGGAACGAGAGAAAUGCCCGCACUUUUAGUGGCAAGAAACGCACUGUGGAGGCUAUCAUUGCUGAUUCUAAAAUCAGCGCUUUUCAUUGGGCUGCUAAGAAUUUAAUCUGUACAAAUCUUUUGCAUCAUGAUGUGAUUUCUAACCGGAAAGGUUUGUUCUUUGACCCUCCCUAG